AUGGCUGUUCUGAGGUAUGUGUGGUUCCCGGAGAACACCGGCGCGCCGCGGGCAGCCGGCGGGACUAACGGCACCGCGGCUCUGGACGGCGGACUGCAGGACCUGUGCCCCAGUUUCACCGGCCUCUCGGUGGAGGAGUGGAGGAGUGGAGGAGUGGAGGAGUGGAGGAGUGGAGGAGUGGAGGAGUGGAGGAGUGGAGGAGUGGAGGAGUGGAGGAGUGGAGGAGUGGAGGAGUGGAGGAGUGGAGGAGUGGAGGAGUGGAGGAGUGGAGGAGUGGAGGAGUGGAGGAGUGGAGGAGUGGAGGAGUGGAGGAGUGGAGGAGUGAAGGAGCGCUGCGUGUGUUGCAGGGCCCAGACACGUGACUGCACCACGUGA